AUAUGGGAAGGCGUUUACGGCUUAAUUAGUCAAUCGUUUCUAGUAAUAUUAAGAAAAUUAGUGAAACUGGCCCAAUGGUAAUUACGAAAGAAUUUUUUUGAGUUCGAAAAAGACAAAUCCAACAGUGUGACCGAUUGGUAAAAAGACCAAAGCAUCAACUUUUUGUCAUACCCGCUCCAAACUCCAGACAUCACCCUCUCAAGAAUCAUGGAGGAUCACGUUUAUAACCAAAUCCGAAUUUAAGAAGCUUAAUGGAAUACGAAACUGUUGUAUAUUCGAAAAAUGCUUCAGUCUAUGCCACAGAGAUGGGCCAAAAUUAUUAAAAGGAUAUUAUACAAGUGGUAAUGUUAAACUUAAUAACACAGAUUUAAUCAUUAUUGAAACGUCAUUAUUGAAUGUGUCCAGUCUCCUCCCAAACUUUGACCACCUAUUUUAGAAAAACCUUGAAUAAUACACAAGAAAAUUUGACAACAUUUGGAAAAAGCCGAGGAAUCUUUUACCUAACUUUUUAAACAAACUGAUUAUUUAUAGUUUGCUGCUCAACUUUAGGGCAGUACUAAAAUUCAAAAUUUACAUUAGAAGAUUAUAGUUUUUUUUUUAUAUAACAUAUACAAAAACAAUCCCAAACGAUAACAAAUUGUGAGGUUAUGUGCGUCAACAUUUAUUUACAACAUGCAUAAAUAAGGCAAACAAUGAGUUCACACAACACCUUUAACAGUCAGUCGCAAAGUUGGACGGAUGACUUACCGGUAUGUAAAAACACAGGAAUAGGAUUCUCCAUCAAUCAAAUUUACAGAGCAGAUGGUCACCCUCAAGAAGCCCACCCUUAUGAGGACUUCACGUCCAACUUCAAAUUCGAUGCCUGCGAUUGGUAUGCCGUUUUCGAUGGUCAUGAAGGUAAAAAGGCUGCCGAGUAUUGCUCACAGAGGAUGUCUGCUGAGAUUUGUUUCUCACAGAUCGAGAACAAAACUGAUGAGGAGAUCAAAGAGCUUCUGAGACAGGCCUUCAUUACUGUUGAAAGAGCUUAUUUGGAUACUAUGGGGGAGAUUUUGGCUGAGAAAACUGCUUUGACUUGGGAUUUGCCCAAGGGUAAGAAUCCUUAUGAGCUGUUGAGUGGCAAGCCACAAUACAAUAAACUGGCCAGGCUAGAUAGGGAAUUGGCUUGCGGUACCUCCAGUGCAGUAGCCUUGAUUUUCAACAACAAAUUGUAUGUGGCAAAUGUGGGGAAUUGUCGCGUUUUACUUUGCCAGACUGAUCAGAAUUCUGUACUUAAAGUUAUACAAUUAAGUAUUGACCAUGACUUAAAAAAUGAAGAUGAACUUCUAAGACUGUCACAGAUUGGUAUUAAUGUGAAGAAACUUGGGCCAAAUUCUUCUUUGGGCAAUCAGGAGAGCACCAGAUGUUUAGGCAACUACUUAUUAAAAGGCUCAUACAAAGAGUAUGAUAUUUUGAGUUCUGCAACUCAAGAACCAAUAACAGCUGAACCUGAUAUUCAAAGUAAAACAUUGGAUGAAUCCUGCAGAUUUUUACUAUUAAUGUCCUCAGGCCUGUACAAGUCAAUUGAGGAAGCCACUGGAAGUGAUCAAGUCAACAAAUUCAUUGCCCAGUGUGUUGUUGAACAGUUCAGGGAGCAGUCAAAUUUGACUGGAGUGGCACAAGCAGUUGUGGACAAAGUAGUUCACAUGCACAGAGAUGCAUACCUCUCCAAAACACUAGACAAAAAAUGCUUCCCGAAACGUGAGGAUAUGACGUUAAUUUUGCGUAACUUCAAUUACCCACUGCCCAAAGCGAUUAACUCGCCAGUGGUUACGUUUAACCCCAUUGUUACCAGUCAGAUUAUGACUGAUGAUGACAGGGAGCACACUUUAACAGGAACCUCAGUUAAUACUAUCAGAACAAAUACGACGAGCAGUUCCGAAGAAGUACUAGAUGAUGAGGGUGUUGGUCCAGACCAAAAGAUUAACGCCUAUGUUGAUUUUUCAGAGUUUUAUAACAAUUAUAUGUAUGCCCGGGAUACGGGAACACUCCCACCCGGAUUGUCCCUGGAAUAAUCCUUUUAAAUAUUGUACUUAUGAUGUAAUGUAAAUAGUUAUUGUAAUAUAAGAUUAUUUAUUUGUA